AUGGAGACUGUCGCGGCGCCGCAUCCGGCGGUCCGGCACGGCAAGGGCCGGCAGUUUCGCGCCUACAACGUCAUGGUCAUCUUUGCCAUGUCAUUUGCCUCCAUUGCCAUGGGCUACAGCGCUAGCAUCAUCGGUACAACGCUGGCCCAGCCCACGUUCCGUGAAUACUUUGCGCUCGACACGCGCGACAACGGCACCGAGCUGCUCUCAGGCAUGAACGGGCUCUUUCAGGCCGGCGCCUUCUUCGGCGCCCUUUGCAUCUCCUGGGUGGCCGACCGAUUCGGCCGCAAAGCCAGCAUUACCGUGCCCUCGAUCCUCGUGCUUAUAUCGGGUGCCCUUCUCGCUGGCUCUGUGCACAUCGGCAUGUUCCUUGCGUUCCGCUUCGUGGCCGGCAUGGGCUCGUUCUGGUUGCUGGGCUCGGUGCCCGUGUGGAUGACGGAGAUUGUGCCCCCGCGCUGGCGUGGCCUGCUCGUCGACAUCCACUCGGCCAUGCUUUUGUUUGGAUACGCCUUCGCCUCGUGGAUGGGAUAUGCUUUUUACCACGUCGACUCGCCCAAUGCGUGGCGCGGACCCCUGGCGCUGCAGACGCUGCCGGCGCUCAUUGUGCUCUGUGCCAUGCCGUUUUUGCCCGAGUCGCCGCGCUACCUCGUGCAGCGUGGUAAGCAUGACCAGGCUCGACGUGUGCUUACCCGCCUGCACGAAACGCGCGAAGCCGAGCUGGAGUUUGCGCAGAUCCAUGCCCAGAUCGAAAUGGACAACGCACUACCGCACAGUUGGAUGUCCCUCAUCACCAAAAAGUCCUAUCGCAAGCGAGCAUUCUUUGCCAUCGGCCUCGCAUGCGGCAUACAGUUCACUGGCGUGCUCGUCAUUAAUAAUUACGGGCAACUCCUCUAUUCCGGACUCGGUUUCGACUCAGAGAAACAGCUGCUGUUUUCCGGAAUUUUUAAUACGCUGGGCUGGGUGUUCGGCGUGGCCGCUAUUUUUAUCAUUGACCUGUUUCCCCGCAACCGCCUGGUGUUUAUUGGCACAGUCAUAGUCACCACCUGCCUCGUUGCAGAGGCUGCUCUUGUGGCCAACUACCCGGUGGGCCCCGACCAGAACGACAAUGCAUUGCGUGCGGCCGUCGCCAUGAUAUUCUUGUAUAUUGUUUUUGCCGAGUUCUUACUGGAUGGUACCCAGUAUGUCUACUUUGCCGAGCUGUUCCCGCAACACCUUCGUGCCAAGGGCAUGGCCCUUGGCAUGGCUGCCAUUUCGCUGAUGAAUGUCAUGUGGCUGCAGACAGCGCCCAUCGCGUUCGCCACUAUUUCGUGGAAGUUUUAUCUGUGCUUUAUUAUUCCGGCCUAUUUGUUUGCCAUUGUCUGUCUCCUUUUUUACCCAGAUACCAAAGGCCUGGCACUGGAAGAGAUUGCUGCUCUGUUUGGUGACGAAGUGCAGGCGGCAGAUGCGUUUGUGGCAGAGGAUGGGGAUGCUUCGUCAGAUAACGCCAAGGUGAUGAACGUUGCAGAACAUGCUGAGAAGAGGGCAUGA